CAGUUACGCAAUCAAUUCCAUAUUUUCUCAGCCUUGCCGUAGGGCUGGACGUCACUGGCUCCGUCUCAACACUUCCUUUCGUGCGACCGUCGACGAGUGAAUCAUCAUGCUCCAACAAGGUACCUCCUCGCAGUCCCAUCAGCAACAUGGUGGGUAAACCACCAGAGUGGAAAAUAGCCCCGAGAACUUGAUAGCGAGACCUUGUCACUCCGAUGUUGGCAGCAGGCAGCAGAUGGUCUGGAAAGCGACUAGUCCGGAUGGGGCGACCGGCACUUUGGACCCCCGCUGGACUUUCACUUCUCCUCUCCAUCCGCAACCCCUCUCCAUCCUUUCAAUCUCCCAACUGCCAAGCUAUUCGGCCCGUGAGGCAUGUCUUUCGUUGGUCGGGAGUAAGGGAGGAUCGGGCGGAUCCACCGGCCCUUCCCAAAAUAUCGUGACAGGUCACAGGACACGGCUGGACACAAGUGACAACAGAGUAUCGAGCACCCGGGCGCUAUUGGAAGAGCUUCUGUACCUGUGGGUACCUCGAUUGCCACUUAUGGAGAUUACACAGCCUUGCGGAAUCGGGGGACGCGAGCGGAGUUGGAAAGUCCGCAGACAUUGUCCUGGGAUUGUAGAUUCUUUGCGGAAUGGUCUGACUAGUCGGCUUGGGGAACAAGCGGAACCCAGGAUCCUAGCACCGGCCACUUGAACCUGGAAUCAGGGCCCCUAUCCCUCGGGCAAAUGGAUCAGAUAAGGCAUGCGAGUUCCAGACUA